AUGGAGUCAGAGGUGAUAGCCCUAGCAAUGGCUAGUGAGGAAGCAGGUUGGUUGAGAAACCUACUCUCAGAUACCCCCUUGUGGGAGAGACCGAUAUCAGUUGUUCUUAUCCACUGUGAUAGUACUGCAGCUAUUGCAAAAGUUCAGAACCGUUAUUAUAAUGGCAAGAGGCGACAAAUACAUUGCAAGCACAGUACUAUUAGAGAGUUUCUUUCUAAUGGAGCUGUAAGAGUGGAUUAUGUACAGUCUGAUGAGAAUUUAGCCGAUCCUUUGACGAAAGGACUAGCACGAGAAAAGGUUUGGAAAACCUCAACAGGAAUGGGACUAAAACCCCUAGAAGGUUAA